AUGACUUCUUCUAAUGUCAAAGACCAUAGCUUUUAUAUUAGUUUCCAAACAGCCAAGUAUAACUUGGACGUCAGUAUUAUGCGCACAGCCCUCACAUUAUUUUUGGUUGUAAUUACUGUUGUUGUCCUUCUCAAUGUUCUUCAUCUCUAUGCAAAGUGUGUACUCCGACGGCGAGCAAGGCGUAAUCGCACAAGCCAUCUUCUCGAAAUUAGAUUCACAGAUGAACCGGUGAACUCUCGUGAACCACCUAAGAAUGGGCUUGACUCAUCGAUCAUCGACUCUCUACCUACAUUUCCAUACAGAAGUAGUAGUGAUCGAGUUGAUGAAACCGACGCAAAAGAAUGCACAGUUUGCUUAGGUACCUUAGAAAAUGAAGAGAUAGUGAAGGUUCUACCAAACUGUAAACACAUUUAUCAUGUACAAUGCAUUGAUAUGUGGUUGAACUCCAACUCUACAUGCCCUGUUUGCCGAACGGGGGCUAAACCUCUACAACCAACAAGUGAUGAAGUUAUUUGUGUUGCUUUGCCAAUGGAUUCUUCCAAUUCCAUGACACAUAGUACAGAGAUUAAGGAGGGUGGAUCUGAUGAAUCCAUCUCUGAUCGAUUGAGUUCAUUUCGGAGAAUUCUUAGUCGGCAGAGAUCUGACAGGAUAAAUCAACAGUCUGGACAAUCUGAUGGAGUGGAAGAUCUUGAGAGGCAGUGA